AUGAAUUUAUUAUCAAAAAGUACUUGUCACAAACCAAGUCCUUAUCGUCCUAAUGAACCAUGGACAUUACAACAAGCUUUAAUUUAUACAAUUGGAAUGUUUAUUGACAAGUCAAUUACUGUUAAUGAAUGGACAACGGAAUUAGAUCCAAUGUACUCAACCUUAUCAGCAUUAAAAAGAAAUAAAAUGGUACAUUACGCAAUAUAUGAUUGUUUUGCAGCAACAUGUUUAAUUCGACCUAUUACAUUAUAUUGGACAUUUCAACAGGUAACUAAAAUUAAUAUUCUUGAUUCAUUUCAGGCAUUACCAUUAUCAUCACGACCCAAUGAUGGUAAUAAUUAUGAUGAUGAAAUAACAGUUAAUCAAUGCAUUAAAAUUACUCUUAAUAAUGAUAUGUUAUAUGAAGAAAUUUCAAAUGGUGAUAAUGAAUUAAGUAAAGCAUUACCACCACGUGAUAAUGAUUUACGUGUCAACAACCAUUCUAUGGUUGAUGAUGACAAAAAUAAUGAUCAAUCUGACUGGAUCGUAACAAGUUGGCUUUCAUUUGAAAAGAAGGUCGCACUGGACAGUUUUUCUAUGGAUCCAAGAUUCACCGACGAAGCAAAGGUCUUCGCUCAAUUAAUUACAUCACUUCAAUCAUCAUCGAAUGCUGUAACACCUGAGUCGUUGCGAACAUUUUUCGAAGAUCUGUGUGCUAAAGCUAAUGAAAAACUUAUUGGAACAUUCAAUGGUAACCUGCAAGAGAAACAUGUAAUGACAAACUCUGCCGAUAUACCAAUCAAUGUUCAUACUCCAGCGAAUGCCAACAAAGAUAAAUUAGUAGUUUACUUUCAUGGUGGAGCUUGGAUAUAUGGAAGUCGAAGAACGCAUCAAACUAUUGUUAAUCUUCUUGCAGAUGCCACAAAGAGUAUUUGGAUUUCUGUCGAAUAUCGUCUGGGUCCCGAAUAUAAAUAUCCGAUUUGGUACAAUGAUGCAUGUGAUGUGACUCAAUAUAUCAUGGAAAAUAAAGAAUCCUUUGGUGUUGAUCGAACAGCUAAGGUUGGUGUGGCGGGUGAUAGUGCUGGAGCUAUGAUUAGCGCAUCUGUUUGUCAGACAGUGAAAGACAUUGAUUUUCAAAUUCUUGUUUAUGGUUGGUAUGAUUUCACUUGUGCAACACCAUCUUUCAAGGAAUUUACAAAUCAACAAUAUUUUAUCGCACCUGAAAUGAUUGAUUGGUGCAUCAAGAAUGCAUUUAAUGAUGGAUUUGAUAUAAACGAUUCUCGAAUAUCCGUCUUUCGCAAUACAUCACUCGAAAAGUUACCACAAACUUUAUUGAUUGUCGCUGAACUAGACCCAUUUCGAGAUGAUAGUUAUACAUAUAAGGAACUUCUUGAUAAAGCUGGUGUAAAGAACAAGCUUGUACUUAUCAAAGGUGUUCUUCAUAGGUUUUUUCCUCUACCCGGAGUCUAUCCAAAAGCAUGUGCACAAGCUAUCGAUGCUAUUCGAGAAUUCAUGGCAUCAAUCUCAUAA